AUUAUCGCAAAGGUUAUCUCCGUAACUGCAAUGCGCCCUUCCUUAUUGGUUGUCACCUCCCGCACAAAUAUUUCGUAGGCGCCGAACUUUGAUCUAAUGGCGCGUUGUUUGUUCUUUCCUAUCAAGAAUCUCGUAAAAAAAAAUUUCUGGGCGCCGCCAUAAACUCACACACGGUCCUCGAUUUAACGACCGUAUCUCCCUGUUUUCUGUUAAUAGUAGUAAUGAAACGCACGCACAUUAUUAAAUCAACAAGAAACAACGUCAUAAAUCCCCCCCCCCCAUUUCAAAAUCUUAAUCCGCUUACAAAAUUCCCAACAGAAACCUCUGGUCACCGAGGAUUUAAAAUUGACGGGGGGGUUUCAAGUUCCUAAUGGUAAAAAGUCGUCGCCCAUGGGGUCAUUUACUUCCAAAGUCGCAACGGACGAGAUGCAUGCGCGAAAAAAGCGAUAAUAGAAGAAGAAAGCUCUUUUGAAUUGUUCGAAAAGCUUUCUCUGAGCUCCCAUAGCUGCGUCCUUAUCACCCUCACUAGACAACAGUUUGGCUACAUAACGAUUCAAGAGAACUUGGGUCGAGGGGGAAAAGUAUAAAAUCCAGGUAGUAACUUUUUUUUUUUGCACAAAGAAGCAAUUCUUUUCCCCCCAUCACUCGGACAGGUAAUAUUGCCAGCGGGCUUUUGCGCUACUUUAUCCCCCGGCAGAGUUGAAAUCGAAAUUUUGUUAUUCGGUUAACAAUGACGAAAGUAUAACAGUUAGUAAACAGGUUUUCGAGUCUGUGGGGUGAUACAGAAUACUGAAAUGUGUGCGAACGGUAAGGUAACGCAGUCCGUCCCCUUGUAUAUGCGUACGUUAAUCAUUAUUGCAUCAAAAGGCCAUUUUGUCCAAUCCGUCAAAAACAUGAAAACAAGUAACAAAAAAACAAGUUCGAGUGUACGUCAAUACGAUUCUGACGUCAAUCGGAAUGACGGAUUAGCUAGCAUGAAGCUUAUCGGAUCAUUAAAACCUGUCGAAGAGCAGAUGAUGAGCUGUUCGUAUCGUCCGACAACACGUGAACAUAAAGAAAAACAAAAUAAGGGGUGAGCACAACAGAACCGUUAAAGUUUAGUGAGCGGGCGGAUUUCAGUAUAGCCGAAGAUAGUUGGACGGGCUAGUCAAAUUACGAAACGCCUUAUGUCGGAUGAUGAGGCGAAAGACAAACGAUUUGGGUAAUCUUUAAAAAAAAAAUUAAAGGAGAUAAUACGAGAAUCGAUGGGCAAAACAAAAUUCGCUGACGUCAAUCGAACGAAACAAAGUACAAGCGACCCGUCGUGUGCAUGCGCUGGUAGAAUGCACGGUAGUAGAAACCCCACCACAAAUGUCUAUCGUAUUAUUUGUUAGCUUAUUGCGAUAAAAGACUAUUUCGUCCACCUCCCCUACUUAUUUUCACGUGGCCUCCCGCUCAAUCGAUUUCCUUAUCUCUGUAGGAAAAUCGAAAAGAAACAAACACACUAGUCAAAUCAAUUUGCUUGCUUGUUACGUGUGUCUGUCGCCCCAUCAAUCAACCAUUAUUAUUUUUCAUGUUUGUGUGCGUCAGUAAUCCUUGGUCAAACGCAAUCAUUCCGACGAUAGAGAGCCAAUAAUUCAUUAUCGAGAAAAAAAUAUUGGGAUUCCCACCGAUUGAUCUGUUUGCCUAAUAAUCGCAGGGCUCGGUUAUGGUCACCAUGGCAACAGAAGAGUUAUUCAGCUUAUGCAAGCCAAAUAAUUUAUUUGAGAAUCUAACCGCUUAUAGAAAAGAGGCAGACAGAUAGAGACUAGAUGGAUUUGACAUACAUCCAUCAUCUUCUUAAUCGAAAUCAAAUUGGAAAGUCCGGGUUCCAAAGGGUGUCGGUAGCUUGUGGCUAGCGACAGCCAACCCUCCCCCUCCCUCAAUCUUUGUUUGCACAAGUCAUAUCCAAUCAAACAAUCAAAUCCAAUAAUCUCAAAGGAGGCAUAUCAUGUUAGGAAAACAACAACAAAAAAAAAAAAAAACAUGACAAUAGGAAUGACUACGUGAGACAGACGGACUUUGUCACAUAAAAAAAAACGUCAAUCGGUUUUUUUCUUUUUCUUUUGUGAUAACGCAAAUCUCAAUCACGUUUUUUUUACUCCAGCUGAUUAUAUGAUUGGACAGAUCUCUCCCCCACCGCCCCCAACUCCUACCGUAUGGAGUUUGAUAGGUUUGGAAUUGGUAUAUAAAAGGCGAAUGAUUUUGAUCAUUUUGCAUCCACAGUGUUAUAUUCAUCUUUCGGUUACACACCUUAAAAGGCGUUUAACAUUAAUCAUUUGUUUAAAUUUUUCUUUGCACAUUUGGUUGUCAUUAAAAACCAUGGCUCAGCAAUCCAAUGGCAAACGCCCUCAAGGGAUUCAGAUUACUCUACUUCUCGGGUUGAUCGUAUUCUUCGAUGGAAUUAUCCACGUCGUCGCCUCGCAGUUGUCGUCGUGGAUCUUCGUCAAAGAAGAUAGGACCUUGGGAAAACAAUGGCCUGCCAAUUGGAACGUUACCAAUCACCUACUAGCUAUCUGUUUAGCUCUGCUGGCCAUCUCGCUGUUUCACAGCUACAUGUACCGACGUCGGGCGUUUCAGUUUUUUCGUCGACUUGGCAUUCCCGGACCGCAACCGAAUUUGAUUAAAGGCAAUGCCGACAAAAUGCGAGACCUCUCCUUGGUGCCCAUCCACAUCAUGGAUGAAUGGCAGGCGGAAUUUGGUGACUUUUACGGCUAUUACAUCGGAAUGAAGCCUUAUGUGGUGGUUAAAGAUCUGGAUCUGAUCCAACAAGUUCUCAUCCGCGACUUCCACAAGUUUGUCAACCGGCCGGCUAUGGGCAUCGAAAUCAGACCCGUAAUCAACACCUUGGUUGGUCUGCGCGGUCAGCGAUGGAAGGAGGUGCGGCGGGUCAUUUCGCCAACGUUUUCCGCUCGUAAAAUGCGCAAAAUCAAUUCCACCAUCAAUCGUUGCGUCGACAUUCUGGUGGAGGUCGUCGAUAACCACGCCGAGAAUCAAAGCGACAUCGACUUUUACGGCGUCUUCCAGGGUCUAACUUGCCAGGUGAUUGCUGAAUGCGCACUCAACACGACAGUCGACUGCCAACGUAAACCGGACGAUGAAUUCCUUAAUUCUCUUCGUCAGUUCUUGAAACAAGCCAACAAUCCCAUCAUCAAUUUGGCCAUUUUCUUCCCACUCGUCAGAGAGAUCCUCGCCGUUGUUUUCCGGGUGGCUUCGCCUUGUGGUCAGUUCACGCAGUCCAUCAUCGACAAAGUUCAAGGUGUCAUUGAUAGUCGCCGAAAUGACUACCAAGUGGGGGUUGCUCCAACCAGCCACAACGACAUCCUUCAACUGUUGAUGGAAGCAUCUGAGAAUCGUCUGGAGAGUGAAAAUGCUGACGGACGUAGCCGAGCCAAUCAAUUGCUGACGGACGAUGAGAUCAUUGCAAAUGCCUGGGUCUUUCUCUUGGGCGGUUUUGAAACCACAGCUAAUGCUCUCACCUACUGCGCAUAUCUGAUCGCUACUCAUCCUGACGUCCAAGAGAAACUACAUCAGGAACUAAUGGAUCACCUGGGGGAAAGUUCUGGCGAUCUUGAGACAGACUACAACAAAAUCAGCCAGUUAACUUACCUGGACCAGGUAUUUUCCGAAGCCUUGAGGCUCUUCCCACCUGUGGUGUUGUUCGUGAACCGAGAGGCGGCUGAAGACACCCAACUUGGUCAAUUUCACAUCCCGGCCGGCACCAAUGUUCAAAUUCCCAUUUGGCAAGUCCACCACGACCCCAACUUGUGGCCGGAUCCUUACCGCUUCGAUCCCGACCGAUUCGAACCAGAGUUGAAAAAGGACAGACAUCCCAUGGCAUGGAUUCCGUUCGGUUCCGGACCGCGCUCUUGUCUUGGAAUCCGAUUCGCAUGCCUGGAAGCUAAAAUCGCCCUGGCCAAGCUUCUCAUGAAAUACCGAUUGCUGCCUUGUGAGCGAACAGAAGAAGAAAAGCUGACGCUCUCGGUCCCGACGGUGACUCUCAAUCCUAAGAAUGGCGUCUGGUUACGAGCGGAAAGAAGAGAAGCAACAUCGGCUUGCUGACCGAAGUAAGAAAUAAUAAAAAACAAAACAAAAAAUCAUCAAAUUCCAAAUCGGAUCGACUCGUUUUGGUAGUAGAAAUUAGCAUAUGAUUGUCUCAUUCCGUUGUGUCUAAUAGUAGUUAGAGCGAGUAAUUCGCUACAUGUGAUCUAAAAGUAUAUGAGAAGGGAAGUGAUUCCGCGUUGCACCUGUGCAGCAUCGGAACAAAACGAUGAUGACGCACCGGUGAUUAGCUUCUGUUCCUCAAUAUGGGCUGAUGGAUUCUUUUAAAACACGUCGUGUUUACUGCUGAUACGCCGUCAAACAUACCCCCCUCUCUCUCUCCCUCUAUCGUGUCCACCCUCCCCCCACAUUCAUCUUCAUAUGAUUCUGUUAUGUCUUCUUUGAUUUAAUUACUUGUUUCUUUUAUCUUUCAAUCCAUCAUGUUGUUUGAUGACGUCAGCAGUAGAUCCAUCAGUAUCCAGGGAACUAGCUCUUGACUUGACGUUCGUCAGUGUCAAACAGCAAAUGUUUUUAAGUGUGUUCCAGGCGAGUCUUUCUUCGUGUUUCCUUCUUCUGUGCGCAAUUUUCAAUAAUUUCGCCCAUUUUUUUCUCUCAUUUUUAACGUUAUUUUUUCCAAAAUAUGUCGACUGUUGGAAUUCUUUUCUCUCUUUUUUAUCUCCACCACUUUUUGUUUGACUUUUCUCCGGGCAUAUCUCACAUAUCCUGGAGAGUUUGAAACAAGAAAGAAGAAAACUAAAUAUUGCGUUCCUAUCUCUUUUGACCACAAUAAUUUUCUUGGGGUGACAAGUUGCGACUUAACUCAGUGCUCAGCGUGUGUGUGUGUAGAUAUCGUCUCUUUAUUUGAAUUGUUUUUCUCUCCAUUUUUCAUGUUUUUCACUACUACAUUUGACAUUAUUUUUUGUCUUAUUGGUUUUUUCGCUAAACUACUACACGAAAUUCGUUAAAAAAAAUCA